AUGACCACAAAAAACAACACAGAUGAAGUGGUUGUUGAAAAUGCCACGUUUGACAGACUUCGACGAGUCAUUAAAGAAGUAGAAGACAAAAAAACCAACUUGAAGACAUUGCGAGAAACAAUCGAUGAUGAGGACGGUCUGGUUGUUCGAUACCAGAUGGCACAAGACUUGGAGAUAAAAAUAGAGGAGAAAGAGGUCGCGAUCCGGAAGUACAAAACUAAAAUAGAAAUGGUUCAGAAAUUGAUAUUGGCUAAAAGAAGAAUAAUGUACGAAGUGCAAGACAAACUGGACAAAAAGGAACAAGAUAAGCAAAAACUUGUAGAGAAAACAGAAGGAUAUGCUGCCACAGCUGGUAAAAACGUGUUUGCAAAAGAAAAGAAUGUAAAAAUAACUGGGGUAAUGAAUCGUCUUGUGGCCUAUCGGAAGACGUACCUGCUACAAGAAGUCAUGGAAAUUUUCAAAAUUAAUAUUGACGGUGGUCCAGCGGCGAUGCAACGAAAUCGUCCACCGAGUGAUUGUCGGUGUGUGCUAGUAGACACUAUUCGUGGAUUACACCUGCCCCACGUCGCCUCGAUUCAGCUCUCCCCACACAAUGAAAGAGAAACAACGGCAGCAAUUGGACUGCUCAUCCAAUUCAUCAGCAUCAUCAGCCGAGUUCUUGGAUACUCGUUGCGUUAUCCAGUCGUACCAUACGCGUCGUUUUCACGAGUUUACUGCCCGGUUGAGGAUAAAUGGGCAAUCCUGUCAGGAUGGAAGAAGAGAUCGGAACGAGAGAGAUUCUUCGAAGGACUCAAUUGGAUUGGAAAGAAUAUUGCUCAGCUCCGAUCCGACUGCGGCAUUCCAACUCCAGUUGCAGAUAAGACACUCUCAGUAUUAGCCGAUUGGAUUCGUUCGGUGACUGAAGGAAAAUACGUGAGCAUCUACGAACGACCGAUCAAUAACUCGAGCAACCCGUCCAGCCUACUCAUCAAUUUUGAACCAGUGCUUGAUGGCUUACUCCGGAAUUCAAGUCGAUAA